AUGCCUCUGUGGGUUCUCUUGUUUCUGCUCACCUCGCCGCUUGCCAAGAGCACUUCGCCCGCACACAAGUCGAGCCUACUAGUCGACUUGUGGGAUAUUACAGUGAUGCCCCUAUCGGUGUUCCUUACCAUCAUGCUUCCCACCAUCGCCAUGUAUCUUGAUCCGUCUACCGUCAGUGCCAAGGAUCAUUAUACAGCUCUGGCAUUCUGGCAGCUGUUCCCGAUAUGGCAUUACCUCGCGCAUACGAUUUUGUCAACAGUUGGACGCACCUUGGUCGGCCCGGUCGAUGGCACCACGCAAGGCGUCGUUACACACUCGGCAUAUCUAUCGCGUGUUCGGGGCUUGUACGAUCUCGUCUUUUUGGGGGGUGUUAUGGGCCAGCUACCGGUUCUCCUGCUAGCCCUUGCUCCCGACAAUGUUCUCUCCUCAGCCGCGGAAUCCUUUCCGUGGAUGAAGCCGUACGUCACCGCGGGCGUAACGUUGAGUUCGGUAUAUGUCCCAUUGUCGCCAUUCAAUUAUCCCACCGUGGACGCCAAGUCGAUCGGCUCUGGAGAUUUGGCGCCCCUGGCUGUGCAUUUCCUACAUUGGGACUUGUACAUUGGAGCUGGAUCGUUAUGCUUGUGGGCGCUGUAUGUGCACCGCACGACCGUCAAGAAGACCAGCCUUGCUGUUCUCCUCGCAAAGACAGCGCUGUGGUUCUCCUUGGGUGGCUUUGCCAGCGCUGUCGCCGCGUUGCUUUGGGAGCGUGAUGUACAAGUCCUAGAGAGCGACUAUGAUAUCAAGAAGGCUUGA